AAUCCAUCCAGCUCCAGCUCCAGCUCCUCCUCCCACCGGCAGAUCCAAAGAUAGCGCCACCGGGCCUCCAUAUUUCAGACAGAACCCCCCUCUCUCUCUCCUCCUCCUCCUCCCUCCCCGUGGAGCUCCAAGAAACCAACCCAAGAACCGUCCGGCGGAUUGAUCGAGGGCGACGGCAGCGGCAGCAGCGGCAAGCGGGCCAUUGGUCGGUCGUUGGAUGGCGGCGAUGAUGGUGGCGGCGAGGCAGGGGCGCGAGCUGCAGCGGUAUAGCGCCAGCACCGGGGGCCGCAUCGUGGUGGGCUGCAUCCCGUACCGGGCGCGCGGGGACGGCGGCGAGGUGGAGGUGCUGGUCAUCUGCUCGCGCAAGAAGGGCGCCAGCGCGGGCGUGCUCUUCCCCAAGGGCGGGUGGGAGCUGGACGAGUCCAUGGACGAGGCGGCGCGCCGCGAGGCCCUGGAGGAGGCCGGCGUGCGCGGCGAGACGGGGCCCAGCCUCGGCCGCUGGUGCUACCAGAGCCGCCGCUACGACGCCACCUACGAGGGGUACAUGUUCCCGCUGCGCGUCACCGACGAGCUCGAGCGGUGGCCCGAGAUGUCCGGCCGCGGCAGGACCUGGGUCACCGUGCAGGACGCCAUGGACCGCUGCCCGCACCUCUGGAUGCGCGAGGCGCUCCAGCGGUUCGCCGACCGCGCCGCCGCCGCCGCCUUGUAGGCGCUUUCUCCUCGACCGUCCUUCUCGCCGUGCCCGCCCUACGGUUUGUGCCGGCUGGGCUCGGCCGCGCGGCGCGGCGGCACUAGCGGUCAGGUCACACGAAUCAGAGCGUUGUACUGUGACUCCGGUCGUGCCACGGCCUGUACAUUGUUUGCUUGGGAUUCGACCGGGCAUGUAAAUCUCACCCACUCCACCUAAUGUUUCGAGAUCAUAAUAUAGGGAAUGCUAGCCAAGAACCAUAACUCGGUUUAUUGGAGUCA